AUGGAAAACUUUGACAACCCCGACCCGUUCGUGAAGGACGAAUUGGAGCAGCAAUCACAAGCUCAGACUGCCGAAGCACCUCGCACCAGUCGGCUGGACUACGCGACCUCACCUUCAGUCACGGCCGACAAAUCUGGCGGCAGAAGCACAAGCCGUUCAACCCGUAAAUCCAGUAAACGCGCACAAAGUACCACCUCGAUCAGCGGUGAACACCCUCAUCUUGACAAAUUCAAGACCGCUGUCGAUGAUGUUCAAGCCGGCGUGGUCGACAAAGUCAGAACAUUCGGACACAAGCUGCACUUCGACAGCGUCCACGCACAUGGCGUCUCUCGCUUCCUUAAUCCCACCACGAUCCGCAUGAAAGUGCGGUACCAGGAUGACUCGGAUUCUGCUACGCCACAAGAAGAAACGUCUCUGCUCUGGCGCGCCAGAGAUAAUCGCAAGGGCAGGAAUUCUAUUGCCGUCCCUCGAUUACCAGUCGAGGACGAUGGAAACGGGUCCUUUCUGCCAUUGCGCUACACUCCUCGCAUGAGCUCGAAGAUCACCGACAUCGCACAUAACCUCUAUCGCAUGGCCACCACUUUCCCCUACUGGGAUAUGUCUUUCUGGAGUGGCGCGUCCUAUACCAUCGGCUCUGCGCUCUUCGUUGCAGACGGCGCGCUCGCCUGGGGUCCUGUGGCUUUUGGCGUAGGGUUUGAGACUGCAUCUGCGGACAAGCUGGGUGGUCCCUUGUGCUUCUUCAUCGGAGCUCUGUUUUACCAAGUUGGAGCUGUGGCGGCCUAUCUCGAAGCGGUGAACGACGGGUCAUUUCAUGGAGCAGCGAUGAGGAGAUUACUAGACGGGCACGAGGAAGAUUCCAAGAAGCUAUUAGACGAGAAAGUCAAAGACUUUUUCGGACACGUGAAGCCUCGACGUCCGCAUCGAAACCCGGACACGAAGAUGCCAGACGCAGAUGGUGACGUUGAUCCUGAGGCAGGAUGGAAGACGAAAGAAGACUGUCUUCGUCGACCCGGGUCGAUCUACCCUCAAGGCAAAUCUCCUGCUCCUCGACGCGGAGGCGUGGAUCUCGGUGGCGAUGAAAGUCUUCAAGGCAGUGUAUGGUACUCAACCUGGCGGUGGUGGCCGACAUGGAAAGCCCUUCGAUCACAUCACGUCUACGAGAUCGGAUACUUGGCUUGUGCAAUUCAACUUUUCGGUGUCACGCUAUAUGGUGUCACGGCCGUGGUCAUUUUACCCGGAAUUCUGACAUCUUUGAAACCUUGGCAGGAGUUGGCUGCAUUUUGGAUCCCGCAGGUCGUGGCUGCUUUGUGCUUUUUGAUUGCGAGUUUGAUGUUUAUGUUGGAGACGCAGGAGAAGUGGUGGAAACCUGAGCCGGGGAUUUUGGGCUGGUGGAUUGGAGUUUGGUCGACGGCUGGGUCGGUGGGGUUUGAGUUGAUUGCUUGUUUUGGGAUUAAAGCGCUUGCGAGUGGGGAGGAGGCGCAUUGGGCGGAGUAUCAAAGUGAUCUUGCGACUAUGUGGGGUUCUGCGUGUUAUUUUAUUGGGAGCUUUUUGCAGUGGUAUGAGGCUUUGAACAAGAAUCCGAUUGAGGAGUUGUUCAAUGAGCCGGGAGAGAUGAAGAGUAGUCGGGUGCAUCCUAUAUGA